AUGGGUAACCAGCCCUCAAAAGAGAAAGACGGCAAGAGCAGAGACGGAUCGCAGACUCCUACGGGGCCCAGCCUCGACUCAUACCCGUCAUUCAGCAAGUCAGAUACGAAAGAAUCAGCCCGCUCCUUCCGAAAUGCCCUCCGUACCAAGAUACCCGGCAAAUCAUCCUCCGACAGCCCGCGCGCUUCAACUACGAACCUGGCCGGAGACCAGUCGACUACGAGCCUCGAUAAGACCGAUUCGCAGUCUGUCAGGUCCGCAACUAGCGGAAAGUCCGACAAGCGACAUUCAAGGAACUUGUCCAACUCAGAGACACCGCGACGGGGCAGCUUGGCAGACGAAGAUGAGCCACAGCCACCGCCGUCUCCGACCAUGUCGGCGACAAUAGGCGGAGCACAUUCGAUCGAAGAGGCGCAGCGAAGUGGUGAGGUCGAUGCUGUGUCGGAUGCACCGCCGCAAGGCAACAUCCACCAGUCGCACAACAAAGAGCCAACCGAGUCCAUCUUGAUGAAGAAAAGCGCACCAACACAAGGUGCAGCUGCGGCUCUGGCCAUUGCAGAGUCAGAUACUCGCUCGGGGUCUACUCCUGGCAACAUGGACAUUGGUGCCUUGAAACCAGCAGAUCUUGAUGAUAUGAUCAAGAGGCUUGUGGACGCGGGCUACGCCGGCAAGGUGACCAAAACGGUAUGCCUCAAGAAUGCCGAGAUCACGGCUAUCUGCAAUGCUGCAAGAGAGCUGUUUCUCUCCCAGCCAGCACUAUUGGAACUCUCACCACCAGUGAAGAUUGUCGGUGAUGUACACGGGCAGUAUACUGACCUCAUUCGAAUGUUCGAGAUGUGCGGGUUCCCACCAAACAGCAACUUCUUGUUCCUUGGCGACUACGUCGAUCGUGGCAAACAGAGUCUGGAGACAAUUCUUCUGCUGCUGUGCUACAAACUUCGCUUCCCGGAAAAUUUCUUCCUGCUACGAGGUAAUCACGAAUGCGCCAAUGUCACUCGCGUGUAUGGAUUCUACGACGAGUGCAAGCGCAGGUGCAAUGUCAAGGUGUGGAAGACCUUUGUCGACUGCUUCAACACCUUACCAAUUGCUGCGAUCGUUGCAGGCAAAAUCUUCUGCGUUCAUGGUGGCCUUUCGCCAUCACUUUCACACAUGGAUGAUAUCAGGAAUAUUGCCAGACCGACAGACGUUCCGGAUUAUGGAUUGCUGAACGAUCUUCUAUGGUCAGAUCCUGCUGAUAUGGAAGCAGAUUGGGAGGCGAAUGAAAGAGGCGUGAGUUAUUGCUUCGGAAAGAAGGUCAUUAUGGAGUUUUUGCAGAAGCAUGACUUUGAUCUGGUGUGUCGAGCGCACAUGGUGGUUGAGGACGGCUACGAGUUCUUCAAUGAGCGGAUCUUGGUCACUGUCUUCUCUGCACCCAACUAUUGCGGCGAAUUCGACAACUGGGGCGCUGUCAUGAGCGUCUCGGGUGAGCUUCUGUGCUCCUUUGAGCUUCUGAAGCCUCUUGAUUCCAGUGCGCUGAAGAGCCAUAUCAAGAAGGGGAGGAACAAGCGACAGAACAUGCUGAAUAGUCCCCCCGCAAGUCAAUUCCCUCAGAGUUACUAG